GGUAAACAAUAAUGGCGGAGGCUGCGGUGGCCCCCGGUGGUGGCGGAGUAGCGGGAGCGACAGCCACGGCAGCGGUUGUCACGGCUUCCAGCGCUGGCGACUCCGCCACCACCCUCACCACCACGGCCUCCAGCCUCCCCGCAGCCGAGCCUCAGCCACCAUCCGCCGGAGCCGGAGGGGGAAGCAUCAGCUGUUGGACUAAGCAAGUCGCCUGCAGAUAUUUCAUGCAUGGUGUUUGCAAGGAAGGGGACAACUGCCGUUAUUCCCAUGACCUCUUCACUACUCACUCUGGCAUGGUGUGUAGGUAUUUUCAGCGAGGAUGCUGUGCUUAUGGAGAUCGUUGCAGAUAUGAACAUACCAAGCCAUUGAAAAGAGAAGAAACGACUACUGUGAGUCCAGUUGCAAAAACCUAUCCUUCGGCCUCAACGGAUGUGACCCCAUCUCCUGGAACACUUGAAGUGAGCAGCAAUGAGACUGAAGACAAAGAGCUGGCAGCUGCAGGAGCUGGGGCUGAAGAUUGGGUGAAUGCCGUGGAGUUUAUUCCUGGGCAGCCGUAUUUUGGUCGUGCUGCUCCUUCCUGCACUGAAACUCCCCUGCAGGGAAUGGUAAUUGAAGAGGAAUAUGAAAAACAGCAAACCAGCUUAGAGAUGAAGAAACAACUAUGUCCCUAUGCUGCAGUAGGAGAAUGCCGUUAUGGAGAAAACUGCGUAUAUAUUCAUGGGGAUAUUUGCGACAUGUGCGGCUUGCAAGUCCUCCAUCCCGCUGAUGCUGCACAGAGAUCAUUACACAUAAAGUCUUGCAUCGAAGCUCAUGAGAAGGACAUGGAGCUCUCCUUUGCAGUUCAGCGUAGUAAAGACAUGGUGUGUGGAAUCUGCAUGGAGGUGGUAUAUGAAAAAGCCAAUCCCAGCGAGCGUCGAUUUGGGAUUCUAUCCAACUGCAAUCAUACUUACUGUCUCAAGUGCAUUCGCAAGUGGAGGAGUGCUAAACAAUUUGAGAGCAAGAUCAUAAAGUGAGGCACUUCCCCAUGUCCGUUGUGCUUUGUUUCUUGGGGAGAAUUAGUAUUUUGUGUGAACUGGCAACUUCGUCCCUCUUUCAUCCCAAGACUGCAUUUAAUACAUAAGUAAUGUUAUCACUCAGCAUUGAGGGUUUUUUGGAUCAAUUUUCUGACCUCAGUACUCUUGACUGGUCAGCAUGGUCCACUGAGUUUGAAUGUUAAGUCAUACUUUUUUGUUGUUGUUAAAUGGAAGCAACCUGCUGUUCUGUUGGUUGCUGUACAAAAUCACUUGGGUUCAAAUGGUGCAAGAGACAGAAACUCCAAACAUGUGUUUCUUAAGUCUUUUCUCGUUCAUUACUGAGCCAGUGGCCCAUUCCUUUUUAAAAUCUGCUUGGAAAAACCAAACCAAACCAAACCAAUAUGGACAUCCAAGAAAACUAAGUUACAAAAAUAAAUU